UGAACAGUUGUUGAGAGCAGAGCCUGGCGCGGGGUUUAUGGCCCCUCGCGCGGGGCUGGGUUUGUAGGCCAGGUGCCGCUCCGCUCCGCUCCAGGCCGGGUUUUCCAGCGCGCCUCUGCAGUGAGACGCGCAGCCGGCUCGACGCGCAAAGCCGUCUCUCUGCUCCGGGAUCGCGGCGCGCUUUCCGCAGCACCCGACGCCUGGAAUUUGCUCAAGUUUUCGUCAAAAGCGCUUUUUCCCCCCUCGUCCGAGCGCGCGGCGGGGCGUUCAGAGGGAACCCGGUCGGGCCACCGCGGCGACGGAAGGGCGCGUGGCUCUGAUUCGAACGCGCGUUCGUCGCGCUCUGCCCCGAACCGAGCGCUGCGUGGAGCGGGACGACUCCGGCUGCUGAAAACGGCGAAAUGCUCCUUUUAAACGCGACCUGGGCGCUCGCUCGCCUCGCCUCUCCGUGUCCGUAGGCCUAAUGCGGUUUGGUUCGUGGACCGCGCGGAUCUGCGAUCUACCUGAGCGCGCGAUGAAAGUCUUUGUGCGCUGAUUUAGAGGUGACUUAGAGAAGCCCUGGCUCUCGAUUGCGUCGAUACGUCUGCUGGGACUCGAUCCACGGAGCAUGAAUGGUGAAGGGCGGAGAAGAGAGGAUUGCUGAUGUCAGCGUGGCCUGAAUGCUGUCUACGUCUACUUUACUAUCUCAACUAUUGCCUGGCAUCUGGAGACGCUCUUCAAUAACCAAAAUGGCUACUUCACUGUGGAAAAGUCCCCUGGUGCAUGGACUUGUGUUAACUGUGAUUUUUAUACAAUCUUCAGAAGCCUUCAGUCGUGCAGCGCUGCCGUUCGGUCUGGUGCGGAGGGAGCUGUCCUGCGAGGGUUACCCCAUCGACCUGCGCUGCCCGGGGAGUGAUGUCAUCAUGAUCGAAACCGCCAACUACGGCCGCACAGACGACAAGAUAUGCGACGCCGACCCCUUCCAGAUGGAGAACAUUAAUUGCUACCUCCCGGAUGCCUAUAAAAUCGUAUCUCAAAGGUGUAACAAUCGGACACAGUGUGUCGUCAUCACUGGCUCGGACAUCUUCCCAGAUCCCUGUCCUGGGACAUACAAGUAUCUUGAGGUCCAGUAUGAAUGUGUGCCAUACAAAGUGGAGCAAAAAGUUUUUAUUUGCCCUGGGACUCUGAAAGCAGUAGGAGACCCAGCCUUUGUCUUUGAGGCGGAACAGCAGUCUGGAGCUUGGUGCAAAGACCCCCUGCAGGCGGGGGACAAGAUAUACUUCAUGCCAUGGACUCCGUACCGCACCGACACGCUCAUAGAGUACGCCUCGCUUGACGAUUUACGAAGCGGCCGACAGACGACUAACUACAAACUUCCCCACCGAGUUGACGGAACCGGAUUUGUGGCCUACGACGGGGCCAUCUUCUUCAACAAGGAGCGCACAAGAAAUAUAGUCAAGUUUGACUUGAGGACUCGGAUAAAGAGCGGGGAGACCAUAGUCACCAAUGCCAACUACCAUGACACGUCGCCGUAUCGCUGGGGCGGGAAAACGGACAUCGAUUUGGCGGUUGACGAGCGGGGACUGUGGGUUAUCUACGCUACCGAACAGAAUAACGGACGUAUCGUUCUCAGCCAACUCAAUCCCUAUACUCUGCGCUUUGAGGCCACUUGGGAGACCGUCUACGACAAACGCUCCGCAUCCAAUGCCUUCAUGGUGUGCGGUAUUCUUCACGUGGUCCGUUCCACCUAUGAGGAGAACGAAAGCGAGGCCAGUAAGAGCCAAAUUGACUAUGUGUAUAACACCAAACUGGGGCAAGGGGAGUAUGUCAAUAUCCUCUUCCCUAACCAGUAUCAGUACAUCGCAGCUGUGGAUUACAACCCAAGGGACAACCAGCUAUACGUGUGGAAUAAUUUUUACAUUCUGCGAUACAACCUGGAGUUUGGGCCGCCUGAUCCAGAUGAAGUCCCGACGGUCUCUGAUUAUAUAACAUCAACGCUGCAGCCCAGACGAUCCACAGCUCCCAUCAGGACCACGCCGAUCAGCAUCACCCAGAGACCGGCGCUCAACAGCAGCGUGACGCCGGACCCCGGGGCCGUGGACCGCCCCGGCCCGCCGCCGGACCCCAGCGCCGUCAGCCCGCCGCCCUCCAGCAGACGCUUCUGUGACGGGACGGAGCGGAGAGGCAUCUCCUGGCCUCAGACGCACCGCGGAGCCACGGUGGAGCGGCCCUGUCCCAAAGGCACUCGAGGCAUCGCUCUGUUCCUCUGCACGUCUGCCGAUGGGAUCUGGAGCCCCAAAGGUCCUGAUCUCAGUAACUGCACGUCUCACUGGGUGACGCAGGUGGCGCAGAAGAUCCGGAGCGGCGAGAACGCAGCGAACCUGGCGAACGAGCUGGCGAGGCACACGCAGGGCCCCGUGUACGCCGGGGACGUCAGCUCCUCGGUGCGCCUCAUGGAGCAGCUGGUGGACAUCCUGGACGCUCAGCUGCAGGAGCUCAAGCCCAACGAUAAAGACACGGCCGGACGGAGCUUCAACAAGCGCCAAAAAAGAGAGAGGACUUGCAGGGCCUAUAUGAAGGCCAUUGUGGACACGGUUGACAACCUCCUGAGGCCAGAAGCCCUUAAAUCCUGGGAGGACAUGAAUUCCACAGAGCAAACACAUGCCGCCACUAUGUUACUCGAUACCCUGGAGGAAGGAGCCUUUGUCCUCGCAGACAACCUGAUCGAGCCCGCUGUCGUCAGAGUGCCUGCCGAGAACAUCAUGCUGGACGUGUACGUGUUGAGCACCGACGGCCAAAUUCAGGACUUCAGGUUUCCGCAGACCAGCAAAAGAGGAGCCACAAUUCAGCUCUCGGCGAACAUGGUCAAGCUAAACAGUAAAAACGGUGUUGCCAAGUUGGUCUUUGUCCUCUAUAAGCACUUGGGACAUUUUCUCAGUACUGAGAACGCUACGGUGAGACUGAUGGGAGAGGGCGGAGUCAGAAACCACACCCUCACUGUAAACUCCCACAUCCUCUCCGCCUCCAUCAACAAAGAGUCCAGCCGCGUGUUUGUGGCCGAACCGCUCAUCUUCACUCUGGCACAUUUGGAUACUGAGAACUACUUCAAUCCAAACUGCUCAUUUUGGAACUAUUCUGAGCGGAGCAUGAUGGGAUACUGGUCAACGCAAGGAUGCAAGCUCCUCGCCACGAACAAGACUCACACCACUUGCUCCUGCAGUCACCUGACCAACUUCGCAAUCCUGAUGGCCCAUCGAGACGCACAUGCGAGUAUGGGAAGCGUUCACGAGCUCCUGCUGACAGUUAUCACACGAAUGGGCAUCGCCAUUUCACUUGUCUGCCUAGCCAUUAGCAUCUUCACCUUCUGCUUCUUCCGCGGCCUCCAGAGUGAUCGCAACACCAUCCACAAGAACCUCUGCAUCAACCUCUUCAUCGCAGAGCUCCUGUUUCUUGUGGGCAUCAACAUGACCGAACCUCCGAUUGUGUGCUCUGUGAUUGCUGGAGUUCUGCAUUUCUUCUUUCUUGCCACCUUCGCCUGGAUGUGUUUGGAGGCUGUUCAGUUGUUCCUCAUGCUCGUGGAGGUCUUUGAGAGCGAAUUCUCCAGACGAAAAUACUACUACGCGUCUGGCUACCUGUUCCCCUGUGUGGUGGUUGGCAUUUCGGCAGCCAUUGACUAUAAGAGCUAUGGGACAAGGAAAGCCUGUUGGUUGAGGGUUGAAAAUCAUUUCAUUUGGAGUUUCAUUGGCCCAGUUACGUUCAUCAUUAUGCUCAAUCUCAUCUUUCUGGUGGUGACUAUGUACAAGAUGGUGAAACACUCAAUGUCUAUGAAACCUGAUUCCAGCCGACUGGAGAGCAUACGGUCCUGGGUGUUUGGGGCUUUUGCGUUGCUGUGUCUAGUCUGCCUGACCUGGGCAUUUGGCCUGUUUUUCUUGAACGACUCUUCAGCGAUCAUGGCCUACCUCUUCACGGUCUUCAACACCUUGCAAGGGAUGUUCAUCUUCAUCUUCCACUGUCUUCUGCAGAAGAAGGUGCGUAAAGAGUACAGCAAGUGUUUGCGGCAGUCUCAGUGCUGCUCCGGUCUUCCUUCCGAAGGAGCUCACGGCGUUAACAAAUCCUCGGCCUCCAGGUCCACCGCUCGAUACUCAUCUGCCACGCAGAGCCGUAUCAGGAGGAUGUGGAACGACACUGUGAGGAAACAGUCAGAGUCGUCCUUCAUCUCCGGAGAUAUCAACAGCACUUCCACUCUAAACCAAGGAAUGACGGGCAACUAUCUGCUAACUAACCCUCUCCUCAGGCCUCACGACACUAACACCCGCUAUAACAACCUUCUCGCCGAAACCAUCGUCUGCAACACCCCUUCUCCUCCAGCUUUCCGCUCUCCAGGCCAGCACUCUCUCACCCACAGCCGUGAUGUCAGCACCAUGGACACGCUCCCACUUAACGACAACUUCAACAACAGCUACUCGCAGCGAGAGGACGACUACGAAGACCCGGCGCUGUGCUGCCCGCCCGGAGACGCUCUGCAGCUGGACGACGCCGCCUUCGAGAAGAUGAUCAUCUCCGAGCUGGUCCACAACAACCUGAGGCCUCGCCGGCCGCCGCAGAACCAGUGCCGCUCCAAAAGCCCGGCGCCGUCCGACAGCAGGGGUCCGCAGGAGGCCUUCGACGGAGGUGUCGGGAACAGGAACCGGAGCGACGAUGACGCCGACACCUCCGCUCUGCCUCCGUCCUCCAGCCACCCGGCUCUGGAGCUGCUCCUGCUCCACCCAAACGACCGGGAGGCCCUCGAGGCCCCGCUCCUGCCCCAACGAACUCACUCGCUCCUGUACAGCGCUCAGAAAGCCGCCGGUCCUCAGAAGGACAGCAGAAAAGCAGAAGGCGACGAGGACAAAGCGAUAGCGCCCUCGCCGAGUAACAGGGACUCGUUGUACACAAGCAUGCCCAACCUCAGAGACUCCGAGUCGGACCUCGGCGGCGGCCAGGACCACGCUUCUCCCUGCUCAUCCGCCCAAAGCGAAACCGAGGAGCAGUGCUAUAAGAGCUUGCCCGACCUGGGAGACGGGACUCAAGCGCUUUCCUACUAUCAGAUCAGCCGCCGAGGCACUAGCGAGGGCUGCAUUGGCCCCGGGCCCCCCGAGGGCGACCCCGCUAGCGACGGACAGAUGCAGUUAAUCACCAGCCUCUGAGCCAAGAAUGUUCGCUUCUCUUCGUUUUCUUCUUUCGGCCUCCCCCCCUCGUCCACAGACGACAGCGAGUCAACGGCGCAAUGGAUUGUUUAGCGGUGACCGAACGCCAGGCUCUCCUGUCGUACUGAUCAAACUGAAAAGCUGGCGUCCCCUACGUCUGCCAAAAGCUUUGUACAGCAUUACAAAAAAGUAAAAAAUAAACAUGCCAAUGUCUGAUUUUUGUAGGACUUCGAAAACUCUCCCAGCCAGUUCGCAGGUGGCUCUUCCCAAAAUGAAAAGAAUGAAUUCAAAUCCCAGACUCAGGCCUUAUAUUUUCUCUAUUGCACAAAUAACUGUUGUACGAAUGACGACUAAAGAAAAUCUAUUUUGAAGUACCAGGUGUAAAGAGAGCCAGUUCAACCCGUAAUCAACACUUGUGAAUGAUGUGCUAUGGAUUUUAUCAUGGAAGUUGUAUUUUGCCAACGUAAAUGUACAAAAAGGAGCUUCCUUAUUUUUUUAGCUUAACGGAAGUUGUCUUGCACAAAUUUGGAGUAAAUUGGACUUGUAAUUUGUUUUACUUUAAAAGAAAAAGGAAAAAAAAAGAAAAAAAAAACUGCUUUGACUUUGUCAGGGAUCAAUAACAUUCAUACGUGUCAACACGAUGUCUUAAGAACAUAUCUCAGUAUUUGGCACUAAAUAAUUUAUUAUAUGAAGUAUGAAAUAAAAAGGGUUGGAGCGAAAGUGGGUGUGGUGUAACACUGUUGAUAUUCACUUCAGUCUUUUUUAAGACCCCAUUGUCGUUGCAGAUGUACAUUCAACUCUUGUUUGAUAUUGAAUAAAUGUGAUGAUUUUU